UGCGGUGCCCGUGUGCGAUCGCGAAAGUGCAGUCCGCUACCGAGUGCUGCCGUGUGUGACCGCGAAAGCGCGGUGGUGUGUGUGUGUGUGUGUGUGUGUGUGUGUGUGUGAGAGAGAGAGAGAGAGAGAGAGAGAGAGACGCACCGGCGAGCAGGUAAGUCUCCAACCCCGCGCCUGGCCUCACACUAUUUGCAUCGAUAGGAUGAGCAAAUGCGAACUGCCUGUUGGCCGGUGCGUUGCUCAUUCUAUCGAUGGAAAACUCCUUCUUUCUCUCUCUCUCUCUCUCUCUCUCUCUCUCUCUCUCUCGGCCUCUCGGCCUCUCGGCUAGCCACGUGGGGGUCCAUUUUUCUUUUGUUUUUUUCAUAGGAGAUGGCUAUGGCGGGAUCUUUGUCCCGUUGUUUGGCGGAGGAGGAGCGGGAGGAGGUGCGAGACGAGGAGCAGGAGGAGCGGGAGGAGCGGGAGGAGGGAUGGGAAAAGAAGCGGGAAAAGGAGUGGGAGGAACGGGAGCAGGUGGUCCAGGGGAAGCGGGCGGAGCACGAGGACGAGCGCGAGGAGCAGGAGGAACAGGAGGAACAGGGGAAAGAGCAGGCGAAGCAGCGGGAGAAGGAGAAGCAGCAGGAGGGAGAGCGGGAGAAGGAGAGGGAGGAGGAGAGGCGGGAGCAGCAGGAGAACGAGCGGGAGCAGCAGGAGAACGAGCGGGAGCGGGGCUAUGGCCGGAUCUUUGUCACGUUGUUUGGCGGAGGAGGAGCGGGAGGGGGAGGAGGAGGUUGUGCAAGCGGGACGAGGAGGUCAGAAGAGGGGAAGGACGAGAUCGCACAAGGGGGACUCCGAGGAGGUAGGAAGACAGAUUGGAGGAGGUGGCGCGAGGGGGAGGAGGAGGUCGCACAAGGAGGAGGUCGUGCGAGGGGAAGCGGACGUCGCACAAGGGGCAGGAGGUCGGAAUAGAGGUGGGAGGAGGUCGUGCGAGGUGGAUGAGGAGGGGGAAGAGGACGCAUGAGGGGGAGGAGGAGGUCGCACAAGGAUUAGGAGGUCGCGCGAGGGAAGGAGGGUCGGAAGAGAGAGAGGAAGUCGCACGGGGGGAGGAGGGGGUCGCACGAGGGGUAGGAAGAGGUCGCACAAGGGAGAGGAGGAGGUCGUGCGGAGGUUGCGUAAGGGGGAGGAGGAGAUCGGAAGACGGAGUGGGAGGGGCCAAAGUUUAAAAUUAGUAUAUGAUAUCGACACUUUGAGUAGGUGUGUAAUCAAUUCCGAAUUUGAAA